GUAUCUCCCUUUAUAAUGCCCGUGUGUCUUCUGUCCUGGGCUCAGUCAUUGUGCUUGUUGGAGUGUUACCUUGUAUUUCAUCGUGUCUUGUACCCUGAGUGUGAUUCCUGUUUUCCUGUUCAUGAAGUUCUUGUCAGUCUAGUAAGUGUUCAGUUUAGUUUGUCUAGUGUGUUUAUCCCAGUUUAUUGUUAGUUAGUCUACGUCCAGUUAUUAUUCUUGUGAGUUGUUAUACCCCAUUGUGGGUCUUUGUUUUUUUGUUUUUUAUAAUAAAUAUUCUUGUUGUUACCCCUGAACGCUGCCUGAAAUUGGGUUCUUCCACAACUUACUUGACAGUAACAUAACAAAAUGUGGAAAAAGUGAAGCGCUGUGAAUACUUUCCGGAUGCACUGUAUAUUGCAGGUGAUUAUUGUUACAAACAAGAUGUCUAAAGGUUUGUCCAUUGGUAUUGAUCUGGGAACCUCUUACUCCUGUGUGGGGGUGUUCCAGCACGGCAAGGUGGAGAUCAUCGCUAAUGAUCAAGGAAACAGAACCACUCCUAGCUACGUUCCCUUCACAGACACAGAAGGACUCAUUGGAGACGCCGCCAAGAAUCAGGUUGCCAUGAACCCAAAUAACACCAUAUUUGAUGUCAAGCGUCUGAUCGGUAGAAAGUUUGACGAUCCCGUGGUCCAGUCCGACAUGAAGCUCUGGCCGUUUAAGGUCAUCAAACAGGAUGGUAAACCAAAAGUUGAAGUGGAGUACAAAGGGGAAACGUAAACAUUCUACUCUGAGGAAAUCUCAUCCAUGGUCCUGGUCAAAAUGAGAGAAAUUGGCGAAGCCUACCUGGGUCAGAAGGUUAAUAAUGCUGUCAUUACAGUCCCAGUGUAUUUCAAAGAUUAGCAGUGGCAAGCAACCGAAGACACCAGGGUAAUCGCUAGUUUGAACGUGCUGAGAAUUCUCAAUGAGCCCACAGCGGCCGCCAUCGCUUAUGGCUUGGACAAAGGCAGUAGAGGAGAGAGAAAUGUCCUGAUCUUUGACCUGGGUGGCGGCACCUUUGACGUAUCCAUCUUGACGAUCGAGGAUGGAAUCUUUGAAGUAAAGGCCAUGGCAGGGGACACCCACCUGGGAGGGGAGGACUUUGACAAACGGAUGGUAAACCACUUUGUUGAGGAGUUUAAGAGGAAUCACAAGAAGGACAUAAGAGAGCGUGAGGAGGCCUGCGAAAGAGCUAAAAGAACCCUCUCAUAUAGCACUCAAACCAGCAUCGAGAUCGAUUCCCUGUUUGAAGGCAUCGAUUUUGAAGAGCAUUACUCGGAGCUCUUCAGAGGCACGCUAGAGAAGGCAUUGAGAGAUGCUAAAAUGGACAAGUCCCAAAUUCACGAUAUCGUUCUGGUCGGCGGCUCCACCAGGAUCCCCAAGAUCCAGAAGCUUUUGCAAGACUUUAACGGCAGAGACCUCAACAAGAAUCAAGACUUGUUGCUUCUCGAAGUGGCUCCGUUGUCACUAGGUAUUGAGACCGCUGGAGGAGUCAUGAUUGCGCUCAUCAAACGCAACACCACCAUCCCCACCAAGCAGACACAGAUAUUCUCCACCUAUUCUGACAACCAGCCAGGUGUCUUGAUUCAGGUGUUCGAGGGUGAGAGAGCCAUGACCAAAGAUAACAAUUUGCUUGGCAAGUUUGACCUCACAGGUAUCCCCCCUGCACCACGAGGCAUGCCUCAGAUCGAGGUGACAUUUGACAUUGAUGCAAAUGGCAUACUCAAUGUAUCCGCUGUGGACAAGAGCACCGGAGAAGAGAAUACAAUAACUAUCACCAACGACAAAGGUAGAUUCAGCGAAGAGGAGAUUGAACGGAUGGUGCAGGAUGCAGAAAUAGCAGAUGACGAUGCACAAAGGGAGAAGAUCGCGGCGAAGAACAAUCUGGAGUCUUAUGCCUUUAACGUGAAGAACAGCAUUGAAGAUGAAAAGUUGAAAGGAAAGAUUAGUGAAGAUGAGAAGAAGAAGGUUAUUGAUAAGUGUAAGGAGGUUAUCACUUGUUUGGAGAACAAUCAGCUGGCAUAAAAGGAAGAGUAUGAACAUCAUCAGAAGGAACUGGAAAGUGUGUGUAAUCCAAUCAUCACUCACACAAGGAGGAGUUCCCCCCACAGGCGGCUGUGGGUUCCAAGCACAGUCUGAGUCUGCACUGCCCAGGACCCUUCUGUCAGACUUCUGAAGUUCGCAGACGACACCACACUCAUUGGCCUCAUCCAGGAUGGUGAUGAGUCUGCGUACAGACAGGAGGCUGAGCAGCUGGCUGUCUGGUGCAGUCAUAACAACUUGGAGCUGAACACACUUAAAACAGUGGAGACGAUUGUGGACUUCAGGAGAAACCCCCCUGCACUCCCCCCUCUCACCAUCAUGAACAGCACUGUGGCAGCAGUGGAGUCAUUCAGGUUCCUGGGCACCACCAUCUCUCAGAACUGAAGUGGGACAAUCACAUUGGCUCCAUUGCUAAAAAAUCCCAGCAAAGGUUCAACCUACCACAAACUCUAUUAAAACAGUUUUACUCAGCUAACAUAGAGUCUGUCCUCUGCACAUCCAUCACUGUCUGGUUUGGCUCAGCCAAAAAGUCAGACAUCAGAAGACUACAGAGGACGGUUCGGACUGCUGAGAAGAUCAUUGGUGCUCCCCUGCCCAACCUCCAAGAACUGUAUACAUCCAAAGUGAGGAAAAGGGCUCAGAAAAUCACCCUGGACCUCUCACAUCCAAGCCAUCAGCUCUUUACAAUGCUGCCGUCUGGUCGGCGCUAUAGAGCACUGCGCACCAAAACAACCAGACACAAAAACAGCUUCUUCCCUCAGGCCAUCUACCUCUUGAACAGUGAAAUGUUUUUACACACCGUGCAAUUAAUAACUCUGUGCAAUAAUAAUUAAGUGCAAUAUUAAUUAUAUCCUCCAGAUAAUACACUAUCUAUUUUUAUACAACUUUUUCUGUAAAUUAUAUUUCAUUCAUUCUGCUGUAUAUAGCACAUACCUUGUACUACAAUAGUCUAUUCUUAUUUUUUACUUGUACAUAUUUACAUACAUACAUAGCUUAACACUCUCUAUAUCUUUAUCUUAUGUUUAUUGUAUUGUAUUUCUUAAUUUUUUAUACCCAUAGGCCCUUAUUUAAAUCAUUGUGUACUGUAUUCUAUUGUGUUAUGGUCUCUGUGUACUGUUGUUGCUAUUUCUGUGUUCUGGAUGCUCCUGUCACCAAAACAAAUUCCUUGUAUGUGCAAACAUACUUGGCAAUAAAGCUCUUUCUGAUUCUGAUUCUGAAUCACAGGGUCCCACUAUUGAAGAAGUGGAUUAAAGAAAGAGACAAUUCUGCCUUGUUUUUAUCGUAUCUGCCUUACAAUAGUGAAGUAUUAAAUUAUGUUAAAAAUAUGGUUACCCUACUUCAUGACACUAUUAGGUUUUUAUGUGCAAUAUUACAUUUUUAUCUUUGUCAAAUGUUCCUGAAUGUAAACAGGUGUCUCACCUUUCU